GCCAUGGCGAGCGGGACCGCGGGUGAGCGAUGGCGGCGGCGUGGGCGGGCUCGGUCCUCGGGAAGCGGGGACAGGGGAGAGGGGCUCCAUCAGCCGCCAGCUCUUGGAGCGAGUGGCCCGUGGACCAUUUCCUCCGCUCCGGGCGCAUCACGGCGCGGGACGGGGCCGCCGUGCGCUGGUUCCACGCCGCCAACAGCAGGGCCCGGGCGGCCGCGGCUGCGCGAAGCAAUGUGCACAUGGUAGAAGCUGAUGUUCUCCUCCGUGGUGGGGAGGGAGGGAAGGGAGACCCGAUCCUGGCUCACCCCCCUGACACAGACAGUGACAUCACACUGCAGGAGUGGCUGACACAGAUGGUCAACACCAAUAAAGGCAUCAAGCUGGAUUUUAAGAGUACCUUCCCUGGUUCCCCUGGUGAUCCUCCACAGCAUGGACGCCGUGGGACCAUCCCUGGAGCUGCUGGGGCAGGUGGAGCAGCAGCUGAGGAGACCUGUGUGGAUCAACGGGGACAUCCUGGCGGGGCCUGGUGGGAGCCGCCCGGUGCUGAACGCUCAGAGCAUCCUCAGCACCAUCACCUCGACCUUCCCCGACAUCACCCUAUCCCUGGGCUGGACCACAGGCUGGCAUGGCCACCACCACGGGCAAGAGGGUCCCUGUCAAUGUCAGAUGAGUCCAUACUGGAGUCAGUGGCAGCGAAUUUAAAAAUGUCACGUUCUGUAGCUGUAUGUGAAAUAAUAGUGCAGCUACUGCAGAGGGUACGACUGGGAGAUGGUGGAGGAGAUGUCUCAGCUGUGCCAGGCCCUGUCCCAGCCCGUGACAUUCCCUGUCAGGGCCGUGCUAGUGCCACGCUCCCUCCCUACUCUCCGCUGGCUGAUCCAGCAGUCAGACAGGUACAGCCUCACUGUUUGGACAGGAAAGGACGACAUAUAUUCUGUAGAGGAUUUGCUAUCCAUCCGAGAAAACUUUGAUAAAAGUAGGGUUUAUUAUGACAUUUUCGAGCCACAAAAUUCUGAAUUCAAAAAAGCCAUUGGAAUAGAACAGUAAAUGCAAAUCAGGCAAUGCCUGACGUUACAAUGCUCUAUAUUGUAAUUUCUUUCAAAUGUGAGGAUUUCUUGUUCAGAGAAAUGCAUUUUCCUUGCCAGAGAAGCCAUAUUGAGCACACUUCUGGUUACUCGAGGAGAUUUUGUACAACACUGGGGGAAAGGCUUCUCAAACAGAAAUCCAGUGCCUUCUUCAGUGUUCCCUCCUCCCCAGGUGGGAUCCUGGGGGCUCCACAUCCCAGAAAGGGAGAAGGGCUGUUUGUACUGAGUUAGCCCUGGUGGAGUCCUGUGUCCUGUGGUCACUGUGCCCCAUCAGAGCUGAGUGGGAGUGGGGAGGGGGCUGCAGGAGGGGCUGUGCCAGCCCUAGGGGUGAUCCCGACCUGGCCCGGAGCACAGGGAGGGGUCCUGGCAAGGAGCACAUCGGGCACAGUCAGAGAGCUGAGCUGUGACAGAGCAGUGCUGGUGCCUCUCUCAAGGGCUUGGAAUCUCAGAACUUGUGUGUGAGAUGUUCCCCUGCCAUGUCUCUGGCAGCCAGAGAGCCAAGGAGCUGCAGAGAGAUCAGUGAUUGCAGCAAAAACAGCUAAUUUCUGUGAUCAUAGGUAUUUUCUGCGUUGUCCUGAUUUUUCUGCAUCCCUUUAACUGACAGGACUUCACAAAUUUUCACAAGUGGAAGUUCCCUCUGAGAAAAGCCAAAACCCUGCUGACCACUGCAGGAAGAGCCUGACCUGCUUCAUUUAAACCAUUUGUUUUGCCCGUUUUGCUUCUACAGCCCUCAGAAUUCACUCAGACUGAGGCACCAGCUGUGCGUUGUUGCCUCUGCCAGACAUUACAAGCAAUACAAACAAAAACACAGUGUCAGAGGAGGUUUUGAUUUCUGGGUAAAAGCUGAUGCCCUGAGCAGGGAUUGCCAUGUCUUCUUGUCCUCCUGUUCCCAUUCCUCUCACAUGGUUCCUGUGGGAAUUGGGUUGAUAUGGAUGUUGAACACAACUCUUAGUGCUGAAGUUAAUUACAGCAGUUUUUGGUUCUUACAUAGCCCUGGUACAACUGUGAUAGAAAAAUUAGUUACAUUUCCUAAUCCUAAAUUUUGAAACAUGGUGAUUUCACACAGUCACUAAAAUCCAAGACUCCCUGCUGUUACCAAUGGCUCCUUUGACAGCUCCAUCUAAUAAUUGUUCUGUGUUAUUGAGGAGUAGAGCCUUCCUCAUUUUCGUUACCUACUAAGGUAUGUGUGGGUAAAAUUAGCAAAAAUUUUUCCAUAUAAGGAAGAAACUAUCUGGUUGUACUUGGGAUAGUUAAACAAAGUACUUAAUUUAAUUUAUUCCACCAGGCAAAAUGAGUGGCCAUAACCACCAAAGGGUCAGGUUUGCAACUGUGAUUCCUUUAAUGAGAUUGGGAGAAGUACUUAUUUUUCAGCCACAGUUUGUUGCAGGCAGUUGCAUUCAUUGACUUAAGGGAUUUCAUCUCUCAGUGUUUUGGCGGUUUUGGGUCUACACAGACAGACUUUUCUGUUAUUUAGAAACCUUUUUCCCAUUGACCAGUUCCCACCUGAAGUACUGGGAUUUGUUAAAAAUCAGUAAACUAUUGAAUAAAAAACAUCAGCAAUUGCUAGAAGUAUUUUUAAGGAAGAUAUAUCUCUGAGUAAUAUCUGUGGAUGUGAAUAAACAGGGAUAUUCAGAUAAAAUUAAAAGAAGACAUGAUCUGGAUUACCAGGAAAAUUGAUGUAGGCAAUUUAUUUAAGUCAUGUAAAACUAGAUUAAACAAAUGCUAGGAAUUAGUUCUAUGAAGCAUUCUUGUGAAGACAGAAGAGUUUGGCUAUGUGGUGAAUUGUAUGGAUAUUCCUACAUAUCUAAAUUUCUGUAUGUAUUUUUUACCCAUAGAUCUCUGCUAGUUCCAUGUGGACUUGUUUAUGUCAGUCUGGUCUGAGUUGCACAUAAAUAAAUUCAUUUGAAUUUCUUACUCUGUGUUUAUUCAAAUGCUCUCCUAAAAUAAAACGAUUUAUGUGUGAGGCUGCAGUGAGACAGUAAUGGUGAGAUGAAGCCAGGUUUUAUUCUGGUGGGGGAGCCAGUCUGUGUUGUUUUAGCUGUAGCUGUCUUUUUAUUUCUUUUUCUUUUACUUUCUGUCAGGGAUCUGUUCCUUGUAUUAUACUAACACUGGUAAUUUACUGCAAGUGCACUUUUAGCUUUCUGUUUCUCUGUGAAUUUGAAGGACCUUAGUAAACAGAUAAAAUAACACGGUACAGAAGAGAGAUGUCACUGUGUCCUGCACAGUGACCCAGCUGUGUCCUGUCAUGACACAGAAGCAAUGGGAGCAAAGCACAAGCUAUUUGCUGGUUGUUUAAAUGUACUGUGGAAUGAAAGAAAAUGCCCCCAAAGGCACAUUUUUCAAAUGUGUUGCUCCAUCUGAUGUUCUCCACAUCUCCCUCUUCAGCAUUCAUUCGAAAAAACAAAAACCCCCCCACAAAACUCAUCCUUUUUUUCAAUUCAAACCAUCAAAUUAAAGCUGAAAUUACACUAGGAGUCUUUAUAACUCAUUUAAUAACUUGGUGAUUGAAUAGUCCCAUCCUUUUCUUUAAGGG